UUGUCCGGUCAAACCGCAAGAACCAAAGGCAUGAUUGACCAAAUCUCAGAGAACCAAUUGUACGGCAGGGCCGAGGAUACACCGUCGGUUACACCGGCAUCUUCCACCACAGCCAUCGCAGCAUGGCAGGCUGACAUGGAGAACACUGUGUUUGACAAAGACCUGGAGAUUCUCAAACGUAUGCUGGCCAAUGAAUAUGAGGAUAGCAGGCACCAAAGGUUUAUCUCCAUAGUUGGGGAGAGUGGUGCCGGAAAGAACACACUCGUAAAACUUGUCUGCAACCAGAUAUCUACAAAGAUGGAUGUUGUAAUCAGGUGUGACAUGCAGCCCGGUUCAAGCAUAGGGGAUCUCCUUACAAAUGUGUACCAAAUGGCAUUGCGACAGUCUGCAGAUCAGUGCUAUGAGCUGGAGGUGGAAAAAGCAGGAAUUGACAGUAUCGGUGACAAGAUCCAUGGUUUGCUUAGUGGAAAGAGGUACCUGUUGAUUCUGGGCGGGACAUCCUCCAAAAGCACUCUCAACUUCGUGAGGGCGAGCCUUCCAGACAACAAUGGCAAUGGCAGCCGUGUGAUGCUCAUCUUGGACACCGCAAGUGAAGAGGUCGCUUGUCAUGCUAAUACCAUGAAUAGAGAGGGCUUCAACGGAGUACACCUGAUGACCCGAUUGGAUCAAGAAAAAAGUAUGCAGCUAUUCUAUUGGAAAGUGUUGAGGAAAGCACAGUACGAGCCAUGGUUUUUGGCCUACGAAAAACGGAGAAGUCAGGAGCAGGAGGUUUAUCAAGGAGGUUACCACUCAAUGAGAAGAAAUCAGAAAGAGGAGGAGCAGGAGCAAAGAGAUAACAAUGUCCAGAGUUCUGUGCAUAAUGUAACAGGCGGAUGUCCCAUGGCCAUCGUUCUCCUAGCCGGGCUUCUCCGGUUCAAGGAGAAUCCGGUCCAGUGGGAUGCAGUGAUGCAUCCUUCAGGGAGUUCCGGCUACCACUACCAGCAGCAGCAGCUGGGCCGGACAAAAAGGGGGAUGGAGACCAUCUUCUGGACGAGCUUCGAGGACCUCCCUGACGACCUCAAGUCAUGCUUCCUCUACCUCGCUGCCCAUGACACAUGUCAAGAUGCCAAUGAGAUCGUUCAGAUGUGGAUAGCGGAAGGCUUCAUCAUCAACAAGAGCCCGUACCAUCGCAAGACUCUGGAGGAGGUGGGCCACGACUACUUGAAGGAACUGGUCUUGAGAUGCCUUGUCGAGCUGGAGGAGACGAAACCAGACGGCAGCGUCGGGCUUGUUAGAGUUCACAGAAGCAUCUUGGGGUUCCUGCAGUCGGAGAUCACCGAGGCUGGCUUCAUGGAGAUCGUCCACGACGUCGACGUACAUGAUGUCAUUGUGCCAUCACCAUCGGUGCGCCGCCUCUGUGUCCACAGUGACAAGAGCACGAUGUACACCACCCACCACAAGUUCCCUAAGCUGCGUUCCUUUAUAUGCCAAGUAGAUGAGAAGCGUCACAAGGAGGCUGAAGCUCAGCAGCGGUGGAAGAAGCGUGUGCACAAUGAUCUCAAGUUUCUGCGCUGGUCCAAGUUCCUUCGUGUACUCUCCGUGAAGGGACUGAGACUUGUGGAGCUGCCGGAUGAGAUUGGUGACAUGAUCCACUUGAGGUACAUGCGCCUCGACUGCCCAGACCUGCGCUGCCUCCCGCCGGGCAUUGGCCGACUAAUCAACUUGCAGACGCUCAACAUAAGCAACACUCAGGUCGAGGAGAUUGACCAGAGUUUCUGGAAGAUCAAGACGAUGCGGCAUGUGCUCGCAAAGAGCCUUGCGCUUCCUGCAAUGUGUGAUGAUAAUGAUGAGGAGGAGGCUGGCAGUGAGCUACAGACGCUCCAUGGCGUAAAGCCCGUUGCCUCGGGAUCGGGAGAGUGGAGUCCAUUGGACAACAACAUGACAAGAAGCCUACGGUCAUUAGAGAUGCACGGUUUCGAACACGUGAAACACGGAGGCCCUGCAUUCGAGGCUGCUCUCCAGAACAUGCAUCUCCUUCGCCACCUGAGCCUGCAAGGUGACGACAUCCCUUCAUGUGUCUUCACCGAGCCAAGCCUCCGAUGUCUGCAGACCAUGGAGCUAAGUGGGAACGUGAAGUGGGACGACAUCGUCCUCCCAGUGACGGAUCGUCCUCUUCGCAAGGUUCGACCGAACCUCGUUCAAAUCAAAAUGAAUGAUGGUGCUAUCUCUCACAUGCCACAGAGCAUCAAGCAGCAACUGAAGGAGAUACUGGUCCAGGGCUAAGUAACAGAAACUGCAGGUUCCUCUACCUACUCAAUGUUCAUGCAAAUUGCCUUCCCUACCGAUUGUUUUUGUUGUGAUUUCUAAGGAUCUCAAGCAGCGAAAAGAAUUGGUGAAAGAAUAAGGUGUUCUGUGUUUUAUCCUUUCAAAUGUUCUUCAAUGAAACAGUAUGUAUUUAAUUUGGUUGCUGAUUUGUCUUGUUUGAUUCAAACUGAAACUCUAUCCAUUCAUGUUGGUCUGGUGUACGCCAACUGGUUAUGUAUGUCAAAUGAAAGC